AAAAAGUGGGUGUCGUGCUGUGGUGUUUGGCGUUCCUCUUCAUGACUGUUUUCAAACACACGGGCAGCGGUUCACCGUGUUCACGGACGGCAGAGGAGGGACCGGCCCCGGGCAGAGCGCUCGCAUCCUUCGGCUGAGACGUGCAGGCCACCUCGGCGGCGGCAGGGGAAGCUAGCUCCACCGAAAAUCCCCCCCUAGCCGGAGCAGCCACAGCCGCGUCGGUGAGCCAUGGGCUUCCGCAAGAAGAACAAGAGUCCGCCGGUGCUGAGCCAUGAGUUUGUGAUCCAGAAUCACGCCGACAUGGUGUCGUGUUUGGCCAUGAUUAUCCUCCUGGGCCUGAUGUUUGAGGUCACAGCAAAGUUUGCCAUCAUGUUCAUCACAGUCCAGUACAACGUCACCCAAGUUCUUGAUGAGAAAAGUGAACCAGUGAACCUUUACCAGUACGGCCCCAAAGAUGUGGCCACGGUGUUUUUCUACCUGCUUAUUGCAGUCAUUCUCCAUGCCUUGAUACAAGAAUACAUUCUCGAUAAAAUGAAUCGGAGGUUGCAUCUGUCAAAAACCAAACACAGCAAGUUCAACGAGUCGGGACAGCUCGCAGCCUUCUACCUGUUCUCCUUCAUCUGGGGCUGCAGCAUCCUAACAGCGGAGGACUUUGCAACAAACCCUACUUUCUUAUGGGAGGGUUACCCACACACUCACAUGGUUUUUCAGGUCAAGUUCUUCUACAUUUGCCAAAUUGCCUACUGGCUCCAUGCACUUCCUGAGCUGUAUUUUCAGAAAGUACGGAAGGAAGACAUCCCCCGCCAGCUUUAUUACAUUUGCCUUUACGUUGUCCACAUCACCGGUGCCUACGUCUUAAACCUCCACCGACUGGGCCUGGUGCUGCUGGUUCCUCAUUACCUGGUGGAGCUCCUGUUUCACGCAUCGCGCCUCUUCUACUUCAGUGACGAGAACAAGCAGAAAGGCUUCACUUUGUGGGCGCUCCUCUUCGUCAUUGCCCGCCUCCUCACACUCACACUGUCAGUCCUGACGUUCGGCUUCGGCCUGCCCCGUACGGAAAACCAGGGCUUCUCCCUGGCAGAGGGCAACUUCAACGUGCUCACCGUGAGGAUGACUUGUCUGGCAGCUAUCUGCCUGACGCAGGCCUGGAUGAUGUGGAAGUUCAUCAAUUUCCAGUUGAAAAAGUGGCGAGAGCACAGCCAGAACCAGGCGUCAAAGAAGAAGACAGUCAGCCCAAAGAGCAAGCCGCACAAAAGGGAACCUGCCAGGGGAGGUGCAGCCAACGGAGUCGUCAAGUCGGAGGACAAAACGUCCCCGCGAGCGAGAAAAGCCAAAGCGUCGUAGAGACACGGGAGUUUGCGAUGGGAAGAAAAAAAAAGAAAAACACACACACACAAGUGAGGGACUUCUGACAAUGUGACAAUAUGUCUUCGCUCAAAAUUUGUCUACUGCUCUCCAAAACAAAUGUUUCAAGCGCACUAAAGAAACCUUAUGUAACGGCCCUCCUGGGGUUAAACUCCCCUCUGAAAACGUCCAGCGUGACGGUCUGCUCCAAACGCUUGUUGUCCGUCCGGGCUGGCUGCGGAUGGGACGCUGGCAGCGCCGUGCUGGUUGCAAUGCUUUAAGGGGAUGGAUUUAGCUCUUCAAAGUGUCCUUUUUGUGUAAAACUACGAUCACUCGUCGGGUACUUUUAAGCUGAGUUGCUUUUCCAGCAAUUUGACAUUGAAUCGGUUAAAUUCACAGUACCUUAAAAAAAA